AUGGCUUCUACUAUGCAAGCUGCAAAUCGAAUCCAGUCCAUUCUCAAGGCUGGGAAGACGGCAUACGGCGUAUGGCAGAUGUUUCCCGGAGCCAACCUGUCGCGGGUGAUGGCGAGAUGCGGGUUCGACUGGAUUCUCGUUGAUACUGAACAUGGAAAUAUCGACGGUACUCUCUCUCUCUCGGUCUCUAUAUUUGCUAAUGCCCAGAUGCAUGAAGCUGUAGGAGCAAUUGCAGCUAUAGGCGUCAGCCCUAUUGUCAGGACUGUAGCCAACGAAGGAUGGAUGGUCAAACGUGCGCUUGACGCUGGAGCUCAUGGGAUACUUGUUCCACUCCUUGAAACGGCCGAUGAUGCAAGGAAACUAGUCCAAUCUGCCAAAUUUCCUCCGGUUGGUAAGAGGGGAUUUGGAGGUCCGUUUGCUAUGGGAUCGAUUGGCGAUGUGACGCCGAUAGAAUAUCUACAGCACGCGAACGACUCUCUAAUAACAGCAGUACAGAUAGAGACCAAGUCCGCCCUUGACAACGUCGAAGAAAUUGCCCAGGUACCAGGCAUCGAUGUACUAUUCGUCGGACCAUGGGACCUUGGGAAUAAUAUUGGCCGGCCAGUGCUCACGGCUGAGUUCCACCCUGACCUUGAAGUAGCCAUCGAACGGAUUCGUAAAGCAGCAACAGAUAAUGGGAAGAAGGCUGGAAUAUACUGCCCGUCGGGGGAGUUCGCGAAGAAGUAUAUUGACCAGGGAUUCAACAUGGUCUCUGUCAUUUCCGAUGUCACCGCACUUCCUAUCUUCCUCAGCCAGACCCUGAAAGUAGCAAGGGGGGAGUAG